AUGGCAAGCAAAUCGACGUACCCCUCCGCAUUCUACCGCGUCACAGAGAAGAUCAAAAUCUUCUACGAGAUGUACAAAGCCGGACGGAAAGCAAGUCACCCUCAUCACAUCAUCAGAGUGGAUAAGUCCCGGCCUGGCGAGCUUCGAGGCAUCAAGAGGGUCACCUCGAGCCUGGUGCCUGGGCGCCCAUUCCCCCAAGGCACAAGCGCAGAAGACGAGCUGGCGCUGUUGGAGUGGUGCGAUUGCGAUGUGACGGCCUUUGCUUUUUUCGACCUCCUGAAGGAGCACCUAGGUGACGACAUAGACUCGAUCGCCUGUUGGAGAUUCCGUCCUCGCCCGCACCGCAAGAUUUGGAUCACCCCCGAAAACGAAGACAAUCCCUACGUCCAUUUCGACCACAGUCACAUUCAGGUCAAGGUCGGUGAGGUAGUUCUGGCCGUGGAUUUCACCGGGGGGCAAUUCGGCUGGCCGUUCGCUAUCACAGGGCUCGAGAAAUACUAUGACGAUUACUGUGAUCGCGCCAAAGCACCAGUGGAGGUCGACGUGGCGGAGUGGGCCAAAGAGGCAGGGCCAGGUUCAUUCCCGGUACUAUAUCAAAAGACCCUAAAGAGAAGCAUCGCGGCGUACACCGAAAACACUGCGGAAAUGAUGGAGGAUAUUGUCGAGAAGAAGGGGACAGAGCGAGAAGCGGCAGAGGCCAAGCUGAUGGAGUGCUUACAAGAGGAGAUGGAGAGGUUUGGAGAGUUCUGCGAUAUGGAGGCAGACUAUGCGGGUAUAUAG